GGCACGGGCCAGACUUCGCUCAAAAGCGCCCAAAAACGCCAAAUUUUUCUAACCUCUCUUCACUUUCUCUACCUCUCCUCACGAGGAAGUGAAGAGACAUUAGAGAAAUUUGAGCGCUUUUGGGCGCUUUUGAGCGCUUUUAGGCGCUUUUGGGAGCUUUUGAGCGAAUUCUGACCGGUACCUUAGCAUAUCAUCAACAGCAUUUUUCCUUCAGCAAAGCAGAGAAGGUUGCGAAGUACGGAACUCACGAAUGGAACAGAAACCUAAAGUUGAUCCGAGCCUGACGGCGAGAAAUCUCUGUUCAAUUCAGCGGAUUGACCCGUGUGCCGUUGCUAUCUUAGAUAAGGCAACACAUGCGGCGAAGUACAAUUUCGAUGUGUCAGCUAAAGCAUGGACAAAGACAAACAUUGAAGGAGCACUCUUUAUCAUACAAAGGGCUGAUAAACCAUAUUAUAGUUUGAUAAUCGCAAAUCGGCAAUCUUUGGACGAUAUGGUGGAACCCGUCAAUCCUCUGACAAAGAUGAAGCUCGAAGGACACUAUCUGUUCGUCUGCAAACCUGACAAUCAGAUCUAUGGGCUGUGGUUCUUUUCCACUGAGGAUUGUUCUCGUCUGUACUCGUUGCUCAAAAAACUUCAAGAGGAGAUCAGAUCAGGGAAGAUACCAGCACCACCUACUAGUGAAGAGACAGGAACAUUGCCACAAUCGGUAGCACCGCCAAACGAAUCUAAUCAAUUAUUGGAUCUUUUAAAGUCCACACAACCCGCAUCAUCCGCACAGGGUAACAACCGUGAAAACCACUUCUCCACGAUGUAUACCUCAUCAAUAUCACAGGAAAAGACAGAUAGAGAUAAACCAAAAACAAAAGAUGAAGACAUGGGUACAACUGGGGCAGGUGUGACAGAAAUGCCUGUCCUCUUGCAGAAACUUAUGAUUCAAGAGCAGCCAAAACUCAUCUCCAAGGUUAGCUCGUCCGCGUUGACAUCAGAAGAUCUCGAGAAGGACCUGCUUCGCACAGCGAAGCCCAAACAUGCACAGUUUCAGCAGGAAAUGUACGGAUCAGUAUCGGCAGCUUCACUCGCUGCCCUCUCAAAUCGUUCGAUGCAUGGUAGUGAUGGCGAAGCGGAUGCAAAUGAGGUGGAUUCAGUGAGUAGCCGAGCUGUUGGUGAUGAUUCUGCUUUCACUAUUGGUUCCGGUACAACAACACCCCCGCUCAACAAAAUGCAGUUUGCUGCUGCGCUGAUCCAUCUUAUGCAGACAGAUGAUCAGUUUUUGUCACAAAUCCAUCAAGCUUAUGUGGAUGCAAUCAACAGAAGGAUAAAUAGAAGCUAAUCGGAAGUACCUCAACCAGGAAGAAAGAGCAUUCCAUGUUUAUCGAGAUUAGAGAAUGUUCUUGUUCGGAUGUCACACUUCAGUCUCCUUUAUGCAGCUAGGCGCUUCUAACACGAGAUGGCCUGUCAAUGUUGCUUAGAAUUGUGAUCUUGCUCAUUGGCUCAUUCUUUGGACCAUCAAAUAUAUGAUGAUCUAGAGAAUUUUUUGUAGAUGAAAAUAUCUUGUAUGUGAAACCAAAUAUUCCUCCUCAGUUAUCUAUCUCUCUGUCCGUUAUUAUGUUGGUAUGACGAAUGUAGACCAGAUCCGUUGUUCAGAGCAUCUUUUUAGAUACGUACAUCACGCGAUGUAUGUAAAUUCUUCCUGUCAUCCGCUUUAUCAGAGGUAGUCGUCAUGUAUACUGCUGUAUAUACCUCUCAAAUCAUGCCUUCUUCGGUUGUGGUGAUGGUUCCGUCGUUCUUGUGAUUGGUCAUUUCUGUCACCAGAAUAAGUUCUACUUUUUUAAAGUGCAGUAUUCUAACUUUUAUGCAUAUAAUUGCUAUAAUCCUUCGUAUCCGUACCAUAUGUUAUAAAAAAUAGUUACGUAAAGUACAGAUUUUGCGUCGCAUUUCUGCUUCUUACCAUGUUCUACAUAAUUUAGUCAAAAAUAAAUG